AUGAAUGAACAAGAUUACUUACCAAUUGAAAUUAAGGAUGCUUUAAUUUCUUUACAUGAUGAACAUUUCAAUUAUCAAAAAUAUUUGAACGUAUUAAAGGAUUAUAUAUAUUUAGAUCCAAUAAAGAAUAUUAACACUUUAAUUGAUUAUAUUCUUGAUAAUAUUAAUAACAGUGAUAUAGAGAAAAAUAUUUGUCAUUAUUUAUCAGAUGUAAUUAUAUAUAUACAAGAUAUAAAUAAAAUUGUAAAUGAAGAAAAUAAUACUAUAGAAGAAAAGUUAGAUGAAAAUGAUUAUUCAAAUAGUUUAUAUUAUGAAGAAUAUCGUAUAAAUGUAAAAGAUGAGAAAUUAAAAAAAUAUAAUGUAGGUGAUUAUCGUAUAGACCUUAUACAAAAUUGUACUAGAAAUGUAAAUUACUUAAAGUUAAUGUAUAUUAUUAGUAAUGUAAUAUUACCAAAAAAUGGGUAUGUUUUAUUUAUUAAUAUAUUUCAUAAACAUGAAAUUAAUUAUCAAUAUAAAUUAUUAUCAUUAGAAUAUUUUGCAAAUAUUGCAAAUAAAAUUAAUUUAGACAGAGCUAAAUAUAUUGCACAAAUCCUUCCACUUAUUUUAGAAAAAUUCUAUAAUACCGAUGGAGAACCUUAUUAUAAUGAUAAUAUAAAUAAUAUAGAUAUAUUAUUAUCUAUGUGUAAAUUUGUUAAUAUAUUAUGUGAUGAAUCUAUAAAAGCACAAGAAGAUGAUAAACAAGAUGUUGCAUUAUAUUCAAUAGUUGCAUUUAUUAUGAGAAUUAUUUGCUAUCAUAGUGUAUAUUUACCUAUUAAUAGAAAUGUAGAAAAACUAGGUAAAUAUAUUUAUUAUGAUGAUAUUAAUUAUAAUGAAUGUUUAAAAGAAUAUAGUAAUUUAACAUGUAAUUUAUAUAAAUCAAAAAAACAUAUCAUAAUAAAAAAUUGUUUAUCUUCAUUAAUAUGGAGACUUUCUAUUAUUAAUCCAAACUUACCUAGAACAAUAGAAAGAGUUAAUAUUAUUAUUCCUAAUACAAAAGCAUGUGUUCUUGAAAAUUCUACUAUGGAAAUAUCUAUACUUUGUUAUUUAAUUUUGAUAGAAAGAGUUAAUAUAAAUGCCUUUCCUCUUGUUUUCUCAGAAUUAUAUUUACUUAAUUUAAUGAUUAGAAAUAGCUAUAAUUUAAUUUUAUGUGUCUCCAAAGCAAAGGAAAGUUUACGUGAUAGUUUACUUAUUAAAGCAUAUCAUUUUAUUCUCGUGUGCUGCUUUUUAUCGAAAUCUAUUUAUAGAAAAAAUAAAGAAUAUUAUACUAAUAUUUAUAAAUUUAAAUGGAGACCUUAUGAUUUCCUUAAAUUAAUAUAUGAAACCAUACAUAAUUAUAAUCACUUAAAAUUUUAUACGAAACAUAUUUAUUAUUCUAUAAGUAAUAUUAUGAGGAAUUUUCAGUGGGACAUUUUCUAUUCUAUAUAUAACAGAUUGAUAAUUGAAUCUUCAUCCGACACUGUAAGAAGUAUUAUAUCAUCUUAUGUAAAGGAUGAGCUUUUUAAAAAGAUGAUCCAUGUUAUUGAAAGUGUUCAAGAUAUUGAUGUUAUAACAGACCAGUCUGUCACUCAAAAAAUAUUAAAAGCAGAAGGUGCUAACAAUUUUGUCCAGGAAAAGAGGAUAAAUAAUAAACAUUAUUCUUCUACUAAUGAUUAUAAUAAUAAUGAUAAUAAUGAUGAUAUUAAAAAUAAUAGGGAUGAUAUUAAUAAAGAACAUAUCCCUUAUAAUAUGACUUCUGAUAUACAAUCAAAAAAUUCAAAAGAAAAUGAAAUACAUAAAUUAGGAUGCCAAAUAAAAAAAAUAGUUCAUCAACUGAUAGGAGAAGAAUCUGUUCUUUUAUAUAUAGAUUCCAUCACUGUAGCAUUAAAUAUAAUAAAAAUGAUUUUGUUAAAUAAAAAGUUUACACAAUUUUAUAAAUAUAUAAUAAAUAUAGAUGAAACAUCUACAUGUUUCAUACAAAAUAAAAUGAAAUAUUUUUAUGAUCAAAUAAAGAUAGAAAAAUCAGUAUUAUCAUAUGAAAAUCAAAAAAGUAAUAAUUCCAUAACACAAAUAAAUGAUAAUAAGGAUAUUUUACAUACUGAGCAAAAUUUAAAUACUACUUUUAAUAAUAUUAACAUGAACAAACUGGAUAUUGUUCUUAUGCUUUUAUCCGAUAUAGAAAAAAGCAUAACAGAAAUUAAGCAAAAUGUAAACGCAAACACAAACACAAAUACAAAAGGUUAA